CGUGUAUAACCACUGCCCACUGCUUUAACGCAGCUACUCAUUACGGUUUAUAUUUAAACACGCCGAUAAGCAGUUAUAAUGUCAAUGAAAGACAUCCGAGCACGAAGCACACUGCCUAUAACGGUGAAAUUUCUAGUAAACCGUGGUGCGGAUCUUGCUGUCAGCUUUUUGGCUUUAAGACACGCUAGAGUGGGCAUCUCCGCCAACUGUGGGUGAGUGACGCGCUGUCAGUCCAGGCCGGGUCGGAUAUCGAAAACCGAGACCAGAUCCAACUGAAGGACACGCAGGCUUUCACUUUGAAGCAGGCGAGGAAAGUAUCUAACAUGAAUAAAAGAAACGUUAAGCGUUUACCUUCCAUUAUCAGCGCGGACAAAGGCUGGUGUCCGCAUUCAUAGUCAUUGAAAUGAUUUGAAAUUGUAGUGGGUAUGUACAAUGUGGGAGACAUCUGUUUUAAAAUGACUUAUUCUAAGCUCUUAUUUUAACUUGUUAAACAUAAUGCUUAAGAACAGUAAUAUUAACCUCAUCUUGUGGGUUGAAUGUAUGUUCAAACCCAUCUCUGCCGACGAUGCAUUUUUUCAUUUGUAUGUUUGUUACAGGAGGGUUAGCAUAAUUAUUUUCUAGCCAGUCGUGUCUCCUGAGCCGCCGGUUCCUACCUACAGCUACCGCACAUUGUGCGAAGUAACGAGGACAAAAAUCGUCCGUUACUUGAUUGUUCCGUGAAAGGAAAUGAAAAGAACUGAUCAGUCCCAUGAGAGUCCCGUUUUGGAACCUUUUAAGUUCUGUGUACAUUUCUCACGCUUUACCCCUGGGUUAGGGAGAACCUCCACCUUGAUGCUAACUGCGAUGACAAAUUCUUUACAAACGAGUAGAUAAUUAGUGGCAUGUCUAAUUAUGCCAAACACACAAGCGUGGAUGAGUCACAACAUUAGUAAAGCAGUCUGUUCACGACUGGGUUAUGCAUUUCAUGUGUGCGUUUAAUAACACGUACCGAGUGACGUCAGGUAGCCAUUUUAGUCAUUUGUAAACACGUUAUGUUAAACUUUAUUGACUACUCAUAACCAAAAUACUUAUUCGUAAAUAAAGUAGAAAUAAAAAUGUAUAUAUAAAACUCUUGAUAGCUGCAAUUAGUAAGACUAAUAGUGAUUCUACAAACACAAAAGCCCCCACGAAUCAUUAAGAAAAUACGUAAUAUUUGGAUGCUUGCCUCACUUGGGCUGGAGAAAAACCAAGUUUAAUGUUUGGCAUUCUAUUACAAAAGUUAUUAAAGAAAAAAUGAUGGAUGAGGAAAAUAAUGAAGCUGAUUUAUACAACAGGCGAACAAUACCAAUAUAUUCACUACGUUCGGAAAGUUUUAUUCUUUAUUAAAUCCAUGUUUAUUUUGAAAAUGUUUCAACAACGCACCUUGGGUGACCUCUAGUGGCAAUGAAUAUAUUUACGUAUUUAUAAUCCCAGCAUAAAAGAAAAACGUAAAUACGUAAAGCACACUUUGAAUUAGGCCGUCCAUAAAACAAACAUUUUCAGGAAGUGUGAUCUGUCCUAUAUUCCUAAAAUAGUCCUUAAACUUGGUUAUAGAAAAUAAAUGAAGUUAUAUCACCACGAGUAUACUUCAUUGGUUUUCACUGCAGAUUUCAUGUUUUGUCUGAUUCGGAACACAUCCCUGCCACUAGGGGGCAGGCACGGUGCGUUUUUAUUUAAUCCAUGCACAGAGCAUCCACCAAUCCAUCCAUCCUCCCACCCAUAUCCUGCUUAUCCUGCUCAGGGUCGCGUGGGGCUACCACGAGCCCAUCCCACUAUGCUACACGCGAAUUGUAUGAAAUUUAUAAAGUGUAAGAUCCAAUAUGUGAUCUGAAAGUUUUCCUUGGUGGUGGUGGGCUGGUGUUGUGGAGGUUCCGAGUCUUUCUUAACUUUGUCGAACACAGAACAGAAGCUGCUUGCCAAACGUCGCGCUCCCCAGGUUUGUGUCAGAGGGCGUUACUAUGGUGACUGUUGAAGCCAAGCAAACUGCGCGGCUUCGCAGCAUAGCCGCGGAAACUAGCUAACAAUAGAUAAAUACUUCCAAUAAAAUUAAAUUUAAGAGGCGGAGGCGCUGAUCGGACAGCUGGAUCUAAUCAGUGAACCGUAAAGACCAGCCGCUUGCAAGAUGAGCUCCGUUGUAGCUCAGAGCCAUUACAUCUUCGGGGUGCGCUCUGAUGUGGCCAACAACCUCUGCUUUCUGGAUGACCAAACCGUCGUUUAUCCAGCCGGAAACCACUGCGUGUGCUACAAUAUUGAUCUGAAAUGGCAAAGGUUUAUCCCAGGCAAAGAGAAAAGCAGCAGCAUGUGUGCUAUAGCCAUCAGCGCCAAUCGCCGCUAUCUGGCGGUGGCAGAGCGCGCUGACGGAGGUACAGUCACUGUGUACGACCUGCGCGAGGAUCCGAGCCGGAAGAGGAAGGUGCUCGGCGGGGGGGACGUCCUCGUGCGGCAGUUCGUGUGCCUGGCGUUCUCCACCGACUCCAAAUACGUCAUCGGGCAGUCUGGGGAUCCCGACUGGACGCUUUUCUAUUGGAUGUGGGAGAAGCAAAGGGUUAUGGCCACAGUCAAAACUGGUGGGGUUACAAACCCUAUAUACCAGGUUAGCUUCAAUCCUGAGAACCACACCGAGAUCUGCGUCAGUGGAAAGGGUGUCUUCAAGCUUCUCCACUACUUUGAGGGAUCUCUGAAGCAGUCCAGCUCCCCUAAGUUGGAGUCACACAACUUCCUUGCUCACGGCUGGAUGUCGAAGACUCGGGUGAUCGCAGCCACAGACACGGGGAGCUUGAUGGUGUUCGAUUCAGGAGACCUGAGGAGGGAGUUCAGUGUGAAAGCCGGCUUCCCCAAGCAGGACGCUGAAAGGUGGGGGGCAUAUAUGUACCUUAUUGGGGUACAUCUGGGUUCAUCUGGCUGUUUGAACACAAGGCGUGUCUUUUUGCCUUACAGUUCUGUCAGUAGGAAGCAGAAAAAUUCAACCGACUGCGAUGCGUGCAUAACAUCCAUCGUGGCCUACUCCAGAGGGUUUGCAUGCUCUGCCGGAAAGGGGACUGUGUGCCUGUUUGAAAAAACCGAAGAGAAAGAUUAUAUUAAAACCAGAGAGAUUCUGAUCCCUGAAGACCACAGCAUCAGUGAGUUCAGCCAGGCCAAGCAGCAGGAGAUCCUCACCUUGUGCAUCAGCCCUUCUGAGGAAACGCUAGCGGCCAGCACAGACGCGGGGCAGCUCUACAGCAUCUCCUUGUCUUCUGCAGAGAUGUGUAAGGAGGAACAGGUGCACUUCCAGUUCCUCUCGCACUUCUUCCAUUCGGAUGCCGUCACGGGUCUGUCCAUAUGCAACCGCAAGCCGCUCGUAGCCACCUGCUCCGUGGAUUGUUCCGUGCGCAUCUGGAAUUACGAGUCUAACACCCUGGAGCUCUGCAAGGGCUUCCAAGAGGAACCCUACAGCGUCGCCCUGCACCCGUUGGGGCUCUUUAUACUGACGGGCUUCGCAGACAAGCUGUGUUUCAUGAACCUUCUCACAGACGACAUCAGGACCUUCAAAGAAUUCAGUGUCCGUGGCUGUAGGGAGUGUGCUUUUAGUCAUGGGGGACACAUGUUUGCAGCUGUCAGCGGCCACAUCAUUCUCAUCUAUUCCAGUGUAACGUUUGAAAACACCUUGAGCCUCCAGGGUCAUAAUGGAAAGGUGCGUUCCAUUAUCUGGAGUGAGGACGACAGCAUCCUAGUGUCCUGCGGCACGGAUGGUGCAGUGUACGAGUGGAGCACGCUCAGUGGUAAGCGCCUAUCGGAGAGCGUCUUGAAGUCCUGCAGCUACUCCUGCGUCACCAUGUGCCCCGAUGCCAAGACCAUCUUCGCCGCGGGGAGUGACUGCUCCAUCAAGGAGAUCCAGGACUGUCAGAUCCUUAGAGAGAUUCCCACUGAGGAUGUGCUCUACACCACCAUCGCCAUGUCCCACUCGGGUCGGGUGCUCUUUGCUGGCACCUCUGCCGGAACAAUUCGGACCAUAAAGUACCCUUUACCAGUAAAGAAUGCCUGGACUGAGUACCUGGGCCACGCUGCCCCCAUCACAAAGAUGGUCAUCACAUCUAACGACCAGAUGUUACUGACUAUUUCGGAGGAUGGCUGCCUUCUUAUUUGGAAGCUCAUUGACAAGGAGGGUUGGGGUCUGAAGAGGGACAAGGAGAUCCACUAUGCUGAAGAAACUCUCAUCACCAAGCUGGACCUGGAAGAGAAGAACCAGGCCAUGCUGGAGCUGAAGACAAGGGUGCAUGAGCUGCAAAUCGAGAAUGAGUACCAUCUCCGGCUGAAGGACAUGAACUACAAAGAGAAAACCAAGGAGCUCGCAGAGAAGUUCGUUCAGCAGAUUGAGCUGCUGGAAACAAAGAACCAGGUGCUGAGAUCCGAAAAGGAUAAGCAGGAGUUGGCCCACAAAGAGGCGAUGGCAGAGCUGACGGCAAGGCACUCCAGAGAGCUUCAGGAUGCAGAGUCCACAAAUAACCAAAAGCUGGUUCGGGAGUAUGAGAAAUACCAGGAGCUGCUGCUCAAGUCCCAGCGCAUGGAGGAGGACUAUGAACAAAAGCUGCAGAGUCUGGAGAAGAGCAAGGCUCAGGAGCUGGAGGAGCAGACCCGGUGUUAUGAAGGCCAGCUGCAAGAAGGUCUCCUCAUGCUGGAACAGCACCGAAAUGAUGCCGGGCAGAAGGUUCUGGAACUAGAGGAGUGUAAUAAACAGAUGGAAGAGGACGGAGAGCGAGAAAUCCAGGACCUCCGCUUGAAGUAUGAAAGGAAGCUCAAGGAUGAGAAGGACACCAAUUUGCAGUUGAUGGGGGAGAUUGGAGUCAUGAGGAAGAAGCUCAUCAGCGUGCAGCAGGAGAUCGACAGGCGUAGUCAGGAUAUAAACAAGAUGAAACAGGAGGAGCAGAAGAUACUGGGUGUGAUCAAGUCUUUGGAAAAGGAAAUUCAGGGAUUGAGGAAGGAGAUUCAAGAGAGAGACGAGACCAUCCAAGACAAGGAGAAACGCAUCUUCGAUCUGAAGAAGAAGAACCAGGAGCUGGAGAAGUUCAAAUUUGUGCUGGACUAUAAAAUCAAAGACUUGAAGAAACAGAUUGAGCCCAGGGAAAACGAAAUUAAGGACAUGAAGGAGCAGAUCCGGCAGAUGGAAGGGGAACUGGAGCAGUUCCAGAACCAGAAUACCCAGCUGGACCUAAACAUCGGAGACCUGAAAAUGAAGCUGAAGACCAGCGAAACUGAGACGCAUCGGCAGAUACAGAAGGUACGUCAGUUGGAGACAUUGGUUGACCGGUUCAAGACUGACCUCCACAACUGCGUAGGCCACAUUCAGGAGCCCAGAAAGCUGAAGGACAGCAUCUGCAAGCUGUACCACCGCUACGUGCAGCAGUCUGAUCUGGUGGAUAUUGUGGCGAUGGAUGCCGAUAUUCAGAAGGAGUACAGUCGUCAGCGGGAGCACAUGGAGAGGACAAUGGCCUCCCUGCAGAAGAAACUGGCCAAAGAAUCAGAGGUCCAUCACGCAGAGAAUGUCAAGAUAAUGAAGGAAAACGUUUCGCUGAUCAGAGAGAUAAACCGGCUGAGGUGUGAGCUGAGGCUGGUUCAUGCUCAACUCCACGAGUACAAGAACCAAGAGAGUCUCAGUAAGAAUCUCAGGCGGCGGAGCUACUCCGGCAUUGCAGACGGUGCUACCGGCCCUGGUGUGGGGGCACGGCCCAGCUUGGCGGCGCAACAGGGGGCUGUGAUCCAGCUGGAGCAUGAGAGGGGCCCCCAGCCACAGACGCGCCGGACCCGGCCCACCAACCUGCCAGCCCUGAGCACCUGACAUCUCCCACAUGCAUGUGGAGUGCCCCCCCCCCCCACCCAAGGGAUCCUUAAAGAUGCAGUGUGGGGAAAACUUUUUACAAAGCACUGGAAUGUGCUCACUGCGUACCCACAUCGAAGAAAAAGUCUAAUGAAAUUAAGAGGAUAUUUGCUCAAGCAACAAACUUUAAACUGAUCAUUUUUGAAUGGAUAAUUUAGCUAAUAUUGGCAAGAAAACGACACUCUUCAUCACUAUAUUCAAAUAAAGUUCACUGUAUUUCUUAAGGAUUUCAGGAAAACCGUCUGUGUUUGUGUCUGUCUGUGCGUGUCUGU